AUGGGUCCGCUGACGGAGGUGUCUGCCAUCGAGGGAGGAAGAACACUUCUGCCGUGUGAUGUCACACCUCCCACCCCGGGAGACUCUGCCAUUCUCGUUCUCUUCUAUAACGGGAUCACAGGUCUUCCUAUAUACAGUAUUGACGCUCGCUCUGGUCCCCUGGGGAGGUCGAUCCACUGGUCUGAGCUGGGAGGUCGAGCUCACUUCGACCUGGUCUCUUCGCCCUCUGGUCUGGUGAUCGACGACGUGGACCCCCAGGACCACGGCCACUACCGAUGCAGAGUUGACUUCAUGGCUUCCCCCACCAGGAACCUGAGGGUGAAGCUGCUAGUGGUGGAACCGCCGAAGCGGGUGACUAUAUUGGCUGCGAGUGGCAAGGAGGUGACUGGGGUAAUUGGUCCGUAUCCUCUAGGCGGACUUCUCGUCCUCACUUGUCAGGUCACUGGAGGGUCACCCCGACCUUGGGUCAACUGGUGGCACGAAGAGUCUCUUCUGGAUGACCUUGUGGAGGAGGCUAAAGGUCAGGUCACAAGGAAUAUCUUGACCUUGCCUAACCUGACCCGCCAACACCUGUAUAGAGUGCUAACCUGUCGUUGUAACAACUCUAACCUAACUGUGGCUCUCGCUGCCACCGUCACUCUCGACAUGAGCUUUCCCCCGCUGGAAGUAGGUAUUCAAGAGGACAACCUGCCUAUGACUGAGGGGAAGGAGUAUACCUUAUCCUGCGAGGCUAGGGGAUCCAGGCCUCCUGCCGUUAUUACAUGGUGGAUAGAUGGAGUUCUAAUGACAGAUACGAAACACCAG